UUUGUUCUUACUUCAGAUUAAUUAUGUUUUUACUAUCUUUUUGUAUUGGAAAAAAAACAUUUUUUUGUAUGUUUUUCUGUUUUUUCCUGAAUACAUUUAGAUGAUAAAAAUGGCUAACUUUUGAAGAAAUCAAAACAUGCUUUGAUUAGAAAAUUGCUUAAGAUUUUUUUCAUACCGGAAGUCGUGCUUCUGGGACGGACGCUAGCUUAGCAGCUGCUAGAAGUAGUGAAGAUCUGUGUUUUUAGCAGCAACCGUCAAGCACUGCAAGUCACUCAAAGGCAAAAGUCCACAGCUGCCUGUAACGAGUCACUGCAAACAUGACCAAGCACGAGUUUGAGGUGGCUAUGACGUGUGAAGGCUGCUCGGGAGCUGUUACCAGAGUCCUCAACAAACUGGGAGAUGUGAAGUUCGAGAUCGACCUGCCCAAGAAGCUGGUUUGGAUCGAGUCCGACAGGGAGGUGGACGUUCUCAUGGAGACGCUGAAGAAGUGCGGGAAAGAGGUCAAAUACAACGGCACCAAGUGAAAGAGACUCUCAGAGCACAACAGGAAAUCCUCGCUGCUGAUACUAAACCCGAACUCGACCCAUCGCCGUCCAGGAGGAGCUCCUGCAGCUGUCGUCGCCCUCCAGCCCAAACGCACAACAAAACGCACACACGCACACCCCCCCACCCCCACGGGAGGCAGUUGGUCCGUCCCAGUCGCAAAGAGUCCCAAAAACUAGGCCGAAGUCACCUACUUUCUCUGGGAAAAAUCAGAAAACGUGUGGAUCAUGGCGCACACGUCUCCCUGUGAUUUGCUCUCCUGGUCACAUGACUUCUUCUCCACCUUUGAUCAGCUUUUAGCCUCAGAAAUACCCAGAACGCUCUUCUUUAAGACAUCUGACAUUCCCCGCCUCGCUUAAAAACUGCUGUGCUGAACCCCCACUCCCUCCCAAACCUGGCUUAAAGUGGGUGUGGGGGGGGGGCUUGGUCUGGCCCCCCUUCAGGGACCAUCUGAUGGACUUUAAUUUGAACGACAGUUUCCUCUUUGCUCUCAUAGUUUACACUACGGCCGUCCUCCGAAGGUCUUUAGCUUACCUGUAUCAUGUUUUCUUCUGACCGGAAGCUUCUAGAACCUUCCGGCGUUCCUUUUCGGGAUCGACGGGGAACAGACGGCCUCCGUCUCCGGACUCUUAGACUCAUUAUGUGAACCGAUAUGUUGUCUAUGCACGAGAAAUAAAAGCAGUUCCACCUCA